AAUUUACCUAUCGUCCAAGCCCGAAUACCCUCUCUCCCUACCCCUCGUUUCCGCUGGACUUCGUGAAUUUUUAACUAGAACACUCCUUAAUCAAUAAUAAACCAUGUCUGCUGCCACCGACAACCACGAGGGGACCGUCGCCACCCUGCGCAAGGUUCUCGUCAACGAGUCCGAGCCCCUCGCGCGCCGCUUCCGUGCCCUCUUUUCCCUGAAGUACGUGGCUUGCUUGCAGCCCCCUUCCGAGGACACCCUUCCUGCUAUUGAGGCCAUCGCUGCGGCCUUUUCCUCCAAGUCGGCGCUGUUGAAGCAUGAGCUCGCCUACUGUCUUGGUCAGACACGUAACCCGGACUCGGUCGCGUUCCUUCAGCAGGUUCUGAAGGACACGGAGGAGGAUGUCAUGUGUCGCCAUGAGGCUGCCGAGGCUCUGGGAGCUCUGGGUUAUGAGGAUAGUUUGGAGAUUCUGAGGGCCUUGAAGGAUGAUGAGAAGGAGCCCGAUGUUAUUAGGGAGACGUGCGAUAUUGCGGUUGAUCGCAUUGUGUGGGAGAACUCGGAGGAACGGAAAGCGGAGAAGUUGAAGCCUAGUGACUUCACUUCUAUCGACCCUGCCCCGCCCCUUCCCCUGGCAGCCGCAGAACCUUCCAUCCUGGAGUUGGAGACGACAUUGCUGGACACCAAACUCCCUCUCUUCCAAAGAUACCGUGCCAUGUUUGCCCUGCGCGACCUCGCAUCGCCCCCUGACUUGCCCACCGCCGUUGAGGCCGUUACAGCCCUCGCCAAGGGUCUCAAGGACCCCUCUGCACUGUUCCGUCACGAGGUCGCAUUCGUCUUCGGUCAACUUUGCCACCCCGCAUCUGUCCCUAGUCUGACUGAGUGCUUGAGCAACCAGGAAGAGGCCGGUAUGGUGCGCCACGAGGCUGCCGAAGCCCUCGGUAGCUUGGGUGACGUUGAGGGUGUCGAGGAUACCCUGAAGAAGUUCAUCAACGACCCCGAACAGGUGGUCAGAGACAGCAUCAUUGUGGCUCUUGAUAUGGCAGAGUUUGAGAAGAACGGAGAGAUUGAGUAUGCGCUGGUGCCGGGCUCUGGGGCCGCUGCUGCCGUGUCUGCUUGAUGAAUUAUGCGAACAAAAGGUUUACAAUGCCGGUAAAUAGUUGCUUUCAUGACUCAUAGAUGUACAAUUGAGAACAAAAAUCAGACACCAGGUCUUGCCGCU